UAACUAGGCGCUUUAGUCUCUAGUUGGGACGCGACGCGUGAGUGUGGGGUUUGAGUGCACCCCCUGAAGGUGUGAACGGUAUCGUGCAUUGAAAACAAAUCGUCGUGACGCGACAGGAAAAAAAAUUGUAUGAUACAGAAACGCGCAAAAACGGACGUAUCCUCUGGUCUGGUAAUUAUCGAGCUUUUGUCUCGGUGGCAUCGUACCGUAUCGAAGUGAGAACUGUCACUCCGCUGAUGUCCGGUGAAUCGAUCGUAUAACACAGGACUAGUUCGAGACGAUACGUCGCGAUCGCCUUGAUGAUAAUUGGCGGUUUCGCGCGCGACUAAUCGAGACGAUUUCGGGAUUAAAUCGUUCGUCGAUGCGACACUCGCUGUCGCGUGUGCCUGUCAGGGAUACGUGAAGAAGGUUUCCUCUUUGUGGACACGACUGAUAGGUAUCGAUCAAGCAAUAUGUCGGUGCUUCUGGAGGCGAGGUCUUACAGGCCCUUCAAAUCCUCGGAGGAGUAUUUGGUCGCGAUGAAAGAGGAUCUGGCCGAGUGGUUGAACGCGCUGUAUCCGGAGCUGAGAAUCAACGUUGACAAUUUUAUGGACAGGUUGGACACCGGCGUCGCUCUUUGCAAACACGCGAACAACGUACGCAAGUCGGCGGCCGAGUACGUGGCGCGGCGUCAAGCGCGCAAAAUCUCGAUGACACGAUCGAUGACCUCGUCGUUGGCGUUACCGAUGAGCCAGCUGAGCGACGUGGCCUUCCUGCCGAACGCGAAGGCCGGCACCUUCUUCGCCCGUGACAACGUGUCCAACUUUAUCGGCUGGUGCCGCAACAGCCUCGGUAUCAUCGAGUGUCUGUUAUUCGAGACCGAUGACCUGAUUAUGCGCAAGAACGAACGACAUGUGAUUCUCUGUCUAUUGGAGGUCGCCAGGCGGGGCGCGAAAUUUGGUAUGCUGGCGCCAAUGUUGGUACAAAUGGAGAGACAAAUCGAUCGAGAGAUCGCAGCGGAGAAUAAAGCGGCGAACGGAGCUCAUGGAAAUAAUGGAAACGAGGAGAGCGACGACGACUACGCUGAUAUGCAACAGGAGGAACCGUGUCUCAUUUAUGGACCCCAGCCGCAGAUCGUCACCAAUGAUCUGAAGAGCCUGGACGAAAUGGUUCGUGACUUGGUGGAAAGAUGCACGUGUCCAACGCAGUUUCCCAUGAUCCGCGUUUCCGAAGGAAAAUACCGUAUCGGAGACACGAAGGUGUUGAUCUUCGUGCGAAUUCUUCGAAGCCACGUUAUGGUGCGAGUGGGUGGCGGCUGGGACACCCUCAGCCAUUAUCUGGACAAGCACGACCCAUGCCGAUGCAAGACCUCGCAUCGCUCGAUGAUCUCAGCGAAGUUGAUUCAAAAGGCUGGAGGGUCGUUCGACCUUGGCAGCGCGCAGGUGCAUUACGAAAGAUCACCUCCUAGAACACGACGGAGUUCGGCGUCGAGCGUCGGUUCGUGCGCAGGCACGAUGCAGAAUCAGCAACAAUCGACGCAGCUGCACGCGGCCAAGAGCGUUUCCAGCAAUCGGUCACGAUCGCCCACGCCUCACCAGCCUGCCGGCAAGCAACAGCAACAGUCAAACAUCGAGGAGCAACGAAAGAUCAACCGAUCGAGAAGUCCAACGCCACAGAGGAAGUUCUUGGGUAGCCCUAGUCAUCAGCCAGACUUUGGCAAGCAACGAUCGAGAUCGCCAACACCGAAGGCUCAGCUAAGGUCUAGCAGCCCCACGACGAAGCUGGAACAUGGAAAAGGUGGAUCUUACGUGGAUUCGCCUGGCAGGAGUUCGAACGAAGAUUCACGUUCGCCGACUCAUCAUGGAAGGCAUCAGGAAGCUAAGGAUGCAAAGAAGGACUCCCAAGAGAUCCGUACGAAAGUUCCCCUAACAGAGGAAUUCACGAAACGAUACGUCGUCGACGGUGGCGUAGCGCGUAGAACAGUAGAAAAAGACGACACACCGAAAUACGAGCCGACAAUUUACAACUACAAGUGCCGCGAGGACUCCAGUAGUCGCAGUCCAACGCCGAGUCCUCCAGCAAUUAAAGAAGAGCCGGUCUUGGAAAGUUUCAGCAAAGAUGUGACCGGGAAUGCACAUUACACAAAGUCACCACACGAUGGAGAACAUUCAGACAAUUGCAGCGAAGUAUCUGACGAGGGUUAUCGAAGCUUGGGAGCAGUUCAGCCAACCAGUGGAAACGGAAAUCCCGGGACGUGCACGCAAGGAUCGCCCACGGUUGCCGAUUGUCAAAAGCAACCCGUGAAAUCUGAACCUGAGGAGAGGUCCUGCGUGGAGACAGAGAGCAUCGAGACAGGCCUUCGAAAGACUCGCAUAGGCCCAGCCAGUCCUCUCCGCGCUUCGCCUUCGAGAAGCGUGGCCUCUUCCUCCGGGGACCGAACUCCUCGAGCAAAUUCCAUCGUACGUGAAAACAGCAACGUCUCAAGAGCUUCCUCAGGCAGUAAAACACCCAGAGACAGCAAUUCCAGUCCAGAAGGAAGUCCUCUCAAACGAGGAACCAUCAGAAACAGCCUUCGAAAACCUCCAACAGGCAGUCUAAGCAAAGCAUCUCCAGUACCAAAAACCUGUCAGAGUCCAGUGAGCGGUAGUAACACGUGGAACGGUAGACAGACUCGACAGAGACCCAGUAUCCAAUCAGACACCUUCCUGAACCCUCAAGUACCAGCCACCUGUGCCACCACCCCUAAUUUCACCAGGAAAAGUCCAGCCAGGCAAAGUCUGCCUAGGCAAAGCUCCAACGGUGGUAUCCAAUAUGACAGAAAUGGAAGAAGAAUCAAAGUUACCACUGGAUCUCUUCAAUCUUCGCCGACCAAGGUGAAUCCUCUCUUGGAGCAGAUUCUACAAAAGGUUGGCCACUUGCAAGACGAACGUGAAGUGGUUCAGAAGCUUCAGGAUCUUUUGAGGGAUUAUCAGUCGCAUAGCUCUGGCGACGGCGUGGCGAAUAUGGAGUUCACCAGGGCGUGGAUCGAUGGUAACGGGACCGUGGCGUUGCCUCAGGACAAUCAGAUGACGGCCAGUCCUAGAAAGGAUCCCAAGCCUGUCUCGGAGAGGGGAGGUUUCUCCAGGAUACCGGCGCCAGUUUACAAGAGGCCGAUGUCUGUCGCGUCUGACAGCAUGUAGAGCUUCUCUCUAUGAGCUUCGAGUAACGUUUAGAGGGCGACGAUGAUGCUGGUUCAGAGCGUGUCCUCGAGGUCAUCGGGCUCCUCGAUCGCCCGUAGGCUGGACUGUGUGUACGCGGAGCCUCGCCAGUGCUCUCGCUGCUUCCUUGCUCGUGACGCCCUCGAUUUAGCAGAUUCUCUGUUGAUUGUACGUGGACACGUGACGAGACGUGGGUGUGAAAGGUGUUGCAAGGUGAGAAAUGGUGAUUCCGAAGGUAUUUAAGUAAGGGAAAGAGUGAGGUUAGGAUGAUCCUAAUUUAAAAUGCAGUGUUUCCCGAAUUAGCGUAACAUUGGUGUCUCUGUUGCAUCGUUCAAUGAUCAACAUUGGUCGAAACAGUUCUACAUGCAGAUUUCCUGAAUUAGUAUAGACUACUCAUCCCAAUUGCAUCGAUAAAUGAUCGCUGGUAGAAAUGGGCCUAACUGAUGCUCUGGGAUUAGAAAGGAGUUUAAGAUAGUUCCCUUUGGUCUAAUUCUGGGAACCCUGUAAUUUCAUGAAACGUGUCUCUAUGGUGCUUGGGAGAUUUCUUUUCUCUUGGAACAUUUUGUAAAUAGCGACGCUUUUACUGAAAGAGUUUUAGAAAAAAUUGUUCCCUUUUCUAUUGUGAAUUAUCUUAGAGGAAUAGAAAUCACGUUCUUUCCCCCUUGAAGAAGAGAAAAUUCCUUUAUACCUAAAUACCGCGAAACGACGCUUAAAGGGUAAAUCAGCCUCUUCUCACCUGUGCACGAUUCACAAAAAUCCCAAAUAUCCACAUUUUGAAAUGUAAAAAAAUCCGCGUUUCCACGUGUUGUGCGAUAGCAGAUCGAAGGUGUCCGAUUAGAGUGGAAGUUUAACGGGCCUUAACGGUACGGGGUCGAUCAGUUAGCUCGUAGGAGUCACGUGUAUAUCGAGGUGGUGCUUGGAUGGUGCUGAACGAGAUGACGUUCGUGAUGCAAGUAAGAUUAUAAGGUGAUCAAAAAUAAAAAUGAAAAAAAUUGAAAAAAAAAACAGAUCAAAAAAGAAAAAAGAAGAAAAAAACGAUGGGAGAGGAAGAACGACAGAGAAGCUGAAAUGAUGACGUGGAAGGGAACGAAAAAAAAAAAGAAAGGUAGGUUAGGUAGGUAUGGGCGAGGGAGACUCGUCUCGUCGAUGAACAACAACGAUUUCGAUUGACGAACAACAGACAGAAUUCAAGCAGGCAAUUAGCUGGUGUACGGCUCUUGCGUUAAUGGCUUCCCGAUCGAUUUGCUUCCAGUCAGUUAAUUGCACUCCGGCUGACAGCUCGUCGAUUCAUCCGAGACGAGAGAUUGCACCUUUGCACCGUGGACACACGCGACGCGAUCUCUCUUUUUUGUCGUGAUAUGUUCUUUUUUCCGAGUGUCUUGUGAUCGAUACUUUGCAGCCUUCCCUUUUGCUUUAUUGAAUUCCUUUACCAGGAAUUCUUUUUCUUUUUCUUUUUAUUGCGGAGCUAAUGGACAUUCUUCGACCGAGGAAUUAUAGGGGGCUGAAUAUUUAUGUAUUGGAAAAAGAUUUGGGGCAUAUAAUAUGGUAAUAAAAGAAAAUUACAGAAAGUUUCGUGAAAGAUUAAAUAUAGAAUGAUGAAAGUCGUACAUGAACAUAAAAAUUGCAUGAAACUUUGCAGAAAAACGAAUACAGAAUCUUCUUCGAUAUCGACUUCAAAGCUUUUUCUUUAAACCUAACCUAACAGAAUCUCACAGAUCGAUCACAAGUUACAUCGAGCUAUAUCACAACAGGGAAAGAAAAGGAAAAAAGAGAAUCACGCCGUUUCGUGAUCAUUUUCAUUAGCUUAGUACGUAUAAGAGGUCGACGAGCGUAAAUCGCGAUUUCUCGACGAUCGCGAUCGCUGAAGAAGAAACGAUCGUCGGGGGAUCGACGAGAAGAUCUCGGGUUUCGCAGUCAGAAUUUCUACGUUCGAUCGUUCACCACGGCCGCCGGGCCGGCGAGAAAUUAUUUAUUUAUAUAGUCUAUCGGUUAUAUUUAUUAAAGACGAUUUAUUUGCGCGUUGCGAGUUCUCUUGAGGAUGGGAGGAUAAUAAACGACGAGAACAAUGCAGAGUCGAGGAGGAAUAGGUUAGAAACGGAGUAGAGGAGAGAGAAACGAAGGUUUCUUAGCAAGAAAAAAAAAAAAAAGAAAUCAAAUUCACCCCAGAAAACAGACUGCAUUAUUGUAGAUAGCGACGUGUCGUCGAACAAAACGCCAUUCCAAUGUUUCAAUGUUUUUUAUACCAAAACGCGAGCGUAGCGGCAUUUUGUAUCAAGUGUCUUGAGGGGAAAAUGGCGUCCGGGCGGGACGUGUUUCAGUUUUCGCGUGUCAGCUUCAUGGAAACUAGAAAAAUGGAAGUUUACAGGGAAAUUUUUGCAUAAGAAUUGUAUGUAGUGUCCUUGCUGCAGAAUUGAACGUCUGUAAAUUAAUUAUAUAUUGCUCAACAGAAUGUAACUCGAGUGAGUGAGUAUUUGGUACCUCGUGUGGAAGAAUCAAUGUCAAUUAGGUUAUGUUCUAUUUUUAAAGACACAUAUUUCUGAUUCUGGAACAAGGUGAAGAAAUUUGAUGAAUUUCCUUUUUAAUUCUACAAUUUUGAAUUCUGUAGUUGAAUUCUAACUUCUCGAUUUCGUAGUUACAAGAAAAGAUCGAAAAAUUCCAAAAUGAAUACGAAAAUGAUUAUCAGAUACUUUAAGCUUUUUAUGCUACGUAUAUUUCUAAUUCUAACCUCUAAAUUUGUAAUUCCAAAUUUUCAGUUCUAUAGUUGCAAACGAGAUUUGGAAAAUUUCUAAAUAUAUACAAUAAGAAGAAAAGAAUAUCACAAAAUCUCUGUGUCCACCAUCGAUUCAAAAUACUUCGAGAUAUCAUAAUGGCGUCUAAUCAAAAAUUGUUUCGAAGCGAGACGCGCGAGUGAAACGCAGCGAACUUAAGAUGAAAGAGGCUGAAAGUGUGGAGCUAAUAUUUUUUAUAAUAGCCUAGUAGAGAAAUCGUGUCCUUACGGCCUAAGGUCGGCCUCUCCAAGUUUUUCGAUGUUUCGUUUCCUCUCGAAGUUUCUUCGACAAGGACUACGUCCCGCCACGGAAACUCUGGUCCCCGCCGAUUACGAAUUAAGAGGUACACUUCCGGCAGGAAGACAGAGAAGUUUAUUUUGUUGACCAGAUGUUCGAGUAGAGAUUGUAACGCGAAACGUACGUAUGCCCGAUAUAAGGAAAAAGAAAGAAAGGGAAUUAUUUUUUAGUAAGACACGUUAGGUGCACUUCCGGAAGUUACUGUGUGUCGCCUCUGUGACGUUCGAACGAUGCGUGGAUUAUUUUCAUCUGACUUUUCUUUAAUUUUACUGCGUUUUUAUUUUUAGUUCGCGGGCUGUUUGCUUUUCAAGAGAACGAGGUUUGAGGUUUAGCUCGUACAGGGAGUUUCAUAAAUGUCGAGACAAAUGUUGUGAAUGUAAUAUUUAAAACAGGAAUUUCUUUUAGUUUUUACUUUUUUUUUUUUUGUAUUUUUUCUUGGUACAUUAUGAAACACCGUAUGAUCUAAAAAUUAUGUUUCCAAUCGGGUAGAAAAUAUUGUUUCGUUUAAAAGAUUUCUUCGAUACUUGAAAAGCAAGAGGUUCCAAUUAUUUUCUUCCUUUUUUCUUUUUUUUUUUUUUUUUUUUUUUUUCGGGUAAUUAAGAUCGACCUAUUUGGAAUUGAGAUCGCUGUUGAAGACGUUUUUUAAACCACGUGGUACCUUCUUAUGAAAAUUGUCUUUCUUCUUUUAUCUCUUUGUUCUAUAUAAUGCAUGCCAAAGAUACAUACUUCGUUUUAAAGUAAGCGUUCUCUAUAUCGUGGUUAACGAAAAACGUCUUCAAAAAUGAAUCGGUAUCAAUCGGUUUCAAGAAAAAUAUUUUAACUCUCUUUUAGUUAUAAUUUUACUUUAUAGAAGCGCGAUUUUUUUACAAAAAAAUGACAGAAAAGCUUGCAAAAAAAUUAGCGAAUAAAUAAAAAUACGUAAAAAAUUGCACGUCCAAGCAAAUAUUAUCAAAUAUUUCCCGUCCAAAAGCGGUUCUUCGGCAAAGAUUUCCAAUUCGACAAAGCGCUAUUUCCUCGAGGAAAUUCCACCGAGGAAACGUCCGAACUGUUCUUCUUAUAAAAGAAACGUAAAAAAAAAAGGAAUAAAGAAUAUUAGAGACCACAGUUCGUUCCGGAAGGCAUGCUACAAAAUUGCUCGUAGAUAUUCAAAGUCUCGAACGCGGGGGUGAACAUCCCCAUUCGUAUUUUUAAGCCUAAGCUUCAUAACCCCAUGCAGCUGCGGUGUUUAUCCGCAAAAUGACAAGAAAUAAAUAAUAUCGAUGAUUACCAAUAUUAAUAUUAUUAUUGCAAGAAUUGCGGAACUAUCGCUAUUAUUCUUAUUAAGAAUGAUCAUUAUUAUUAUUGCGAUUAUUAUUAUUAUUACGAUAUUAUUAUCAUCAUUGUCAGAGAUGAUGACGAUGCUGAUUGAUUAUUAUGAUUAUUAUACGCAACGUUGAGUAUGUUACGUUAUAUCAUUUUAUCUACGAGAAGUUGUAAAUUGAGAGAAAACUUGCAUAAAAAAAAA